GACAAUUCAUAAUGAAACGGUCCGAGCGGUUCUCAAAUGAACAGCUCACUCGAGAUAUGCAAAAAAGCCUUUCUCCGGCGAAAUAUUGAAAUGCAUUUUAGUUCAUUGUAAACGCAAAUGGCACUUAAUGUUUUAUGAGCGGAAUCAUGGCUUCAAUAGACUGAACUGGGACAAAUUAAAGUACAAUCAAAUGUAUUGUUAAUACAACAUCUAACUGUAAUACUCAGCAGUAUGCGUCUACGUGUCUUCAGAGGAAAAUGGAGCGUGGAAUAUGCUUGGAUAUAAAGGACCACGUGAAGAUAUUGAACCAAACUGUUUAAAAGAACCGAUUCGCGGAAACUAGUCGAACUUUUAUAAUUAUUUUGCCGAAAACUACAAUACCUAGUAGAACCCCAAGACUUUUUGUUAUGUUCAUAAGUCAUUUUGACGAUAAUAGAUAGCAUGACUGCACAACUGCAACGUACUGUAAGUGGCGCUAUACAUUUAGAUUGUUAUGCGCCAAAAAACUAAAGAAGAACCCGACGCCUUAACACCGGAAGGGGCCUUUGUGAACAUUGCCCUAGCAGCACACUCUGUUGAAGCUGUCAAAUAUGGCAUGUGAGGAAACGAGAACUGAGGAAAACCUGACAGAGGAUUCUGACAGACAAAUCCACAUAGAUGAGAUGAAACAAGAAACUAGCCUAAACAUUUGUCAGCACUUCCUCUUGGGCAGAUGUCAUUUUGGAGACAGAUGUCGACUGUCUCACAGUGUACUUGACGUCCCUCAAAGCACACACUCAGAGGAAGAUGAUACAGCCGUCACAGAAAAGCAGAGCAAGACCCAAAAAAACAGAAAACAGAUAAACGCAGAAAAGCAGCAUAUAAGGAAUGAGAAGGAAGGGUGUAAGAAGAAGCCACGCAUGCGUACAGCCGACGAUGUCAUCUCCAGAAUUAUAUGGGACUCCUCAGUGGACCCAGCUGAUUUUAUAGUCGGUCACCUGGACCGUUUCCUUGGGGUGCUGGAACGGCCAUUCUCUGAAUUCUCUUGGGACACUCAGGUCUGUGACUGUGACUUCUCUGAGGAGCUGUCUAUCCCUCGUCAUAGGAUCCAGUACUUCAGCUACAAAGGCCAGCGAGUGUGGGAUAGGGACAGUCGCACUGACAGGAUGUUCGGUUCAACAGGGCAGACUAUUUUGCCCCCUUUUGGUGGUGCGAAUCAGCAUCAAGACAAUUUAGCUGACACUGAACAACACGAAGAGACCACCAACACAGCAGAUGGCCUAGAGCAAGCGACUGAAUUUUCUAAAGAACAGGAUGAUGGUGCAGCUGCAAUUAAAACAAACAAACAAGAACUGGGAGAUGCUGUAGAUCACUCAUUUACCGAAAAUGCUGAAGAUGAUACUUUACUUUUGCAAAAAGAAUCUGCACAAGAAGACCAAAAUAUGUCAGCUACCGAAGAUUUGAAUCAGUUGGCAGAGGAGUUAUCCAUCGCGCCGAAAGAGGAACAGACUGAAAUAGUGGAAGAAUGGAAGGACAGCUGGGAUGGAGAGAGGGGUACAGAAGCAGAGCCAGUAUCAUCCUUGCCACAAGAACCUCGGUCCAACCGUCCACCACCACGCAAAGCCACCCACUUCAUCUGCUUCCGUGUGGACUCUCCCGCUGCUCUCCAGGCCUUUCAGCGCGUUCAGAAAAAGGUUCUCUCCCAGCUUCCUCAGUCAGAGCCGCUAUGGGUGGACCCUGCAACUUUGCACGUCACUCUUUCCUUACUUGUCCUGAAGGGCCCAGAGGAAGUCAGCGCUGCUGCUGAGCUCCUGCGUUCCACAGUCAGAAACUCCCACAAACCCCCAAUUUCUGUGUCUUUCACCCCAAAACUAAAGCACUUUAAUGGGACUGUUCUCCAUGUGGCCCCACAACCCCUGUUCGAUGUCCAGUGCCUGAAUUCCCCUAUCCAAGAAGCCUUCAAGGAGAAGGGCUGGCUACACCGCCAUUCCCGAUGCCCAACAUACCACCUCACCCUGGCCAAAUCGCAGGAGUCCAUGACAGAGAAGAUGUUUGAAGGGAUAGGGUCUGUUAAACUAGCCAAAGAUAUCAACUUCGGGAAGCUAGAAGUAAAUAAACUCUAUCUUUGUGUGAACAGUCAUUCAAACACAGAGAACGGUUUCUAUCAGGUUGUAUGUGUUGUGCAGCUGCCCAAUGUGUAAAAGUGCCUGGUUUAUGUAUCAUCUGAACUCAGGGUUGAUAGUUAAUUACUACAUCAAAUAAUUUAUAUAUUUAAAUGAAACAUUUUAAUCAUGCACUCCUAAAAUUACUCCUCUCCAAUUCCAAUUUUAAAAAUGAUUACAAUAAUUUCUAUAUCAUCUCUGUUGCAGUGAGAAACACUAUUCAGUUUUAUAUCUUUAUAUUCUCUCUUCACAAACUCAAAUUUUGGAUAACACAAGCAUUUGUGACAAUGGAAGCUCUUUAAAUUUAGUCAUAUUAUAUGUACAGCAGUCAUAUUUCAGUGCGGAAGCAAAAUAAAAUUGAAUUGCCAAAGAACUGAACAGCUUUGACAUUUGAAUUUGACAUUGUUAUUGUUAUAAUUUUAUUUAGUUUUCCUAUAUUUUCAGGUUAGUUUAAUUUUAAUUUGUACAUUUUUGUACAAAUAUAACAAGACCUUCUCUUAGUUUAGGUUUGUGUGUGCAUUUGCUUACCCUCUUUUGGGUAAAGAUACACAGCAUUCACCUUCAAUGUACCUGGUAAUUUCUUCACUUUCUGUUCAGGCAUUUAUUGUAAGAUGUUGCUAAGUGAAUUGGAUGUGAGGGUGAGUGUGUAAUUUUUUUAUCGAAAGUGGACUGGAAAUAAGUAAUUUACCAUGUAUUUCAGCUUUGUUUUUAUAGCGCAAGCUCUCAAUUAUUCAGCAUCAAACAAACAACCCUGAACAGCUGUAGAUUUAGCCACUGGAAUGUCUUUGGACCUAUGAAAUUAAAUCAAACUAAAUGACAUGUUUUUUUUUCUUGUGCACGCGUGCUACAUUAGCAGCUCUGUCUGAGAUGUGAGCAAGGAAGUCUUGCAUGCAUAACAUCAUUUUCUCUUUCCUCAUGCACACUACACAUAUAUGAAUGCUUGUGCAGUCUCUUUCUCUCCAUCCCUCCCUCCUGUGCUUCUCCAUCCAGCACCCCUCCCCCAUCCUCACUUGCUUUCUCUUUCAGUGACAACCAA